GAGAAAAUGGCAUAAUUCGGGGCCGCCCGAGCAAGCACGGAAGAAUCACCACGGUGGGGGUGGGGGUACGUUCAAGGCGCCGGCACCACCGGCGAAGAAGAACAAGGAUGCUCGGUGGCACGCAUCCUCCUCUCAAAAUACGGGGCCUCCUAAGUGUGCCAACUGUUCAAAGAACCACUUCGGGAAGUGCAACGCACCCCCGAGGUGUUAUCGGUGUGGGAACACGGGCCACAUGAAGGCCAAUUGCCCACAAUUGGGGGGAGGAGGAGCUCCGGGAUCCGGAGGAGGAACCAUGACGGGAAGAAACCGUGCGGGCCCGUCAAACGGCGGUACGGGGAGAGGCAACGCAUCCACAAGCCAUGCCGCGUCCGUAAACCAAGGCGGGACCCAAGCACGAGUCUACGCGAUGACCGAGGCGGAUGCGAGAGCAAACCCGGACUCCGUUGCAGGUUGAAGCUAGGGCUUGCUACUUGCACCUUCUCACGGGUGGUAUCAAAUCAGGAAGACGUGGUUCGUGCUUCCUUAUUUUCUUUCAAACUACCGAACACUUGCUCAUGGAUAUUUGUUCUACUAUAAACUAUUUUUGGGGCUUGCAUGCCCAUGUUGUUGGCCGGUUGUGGCCUAUGACUUACCGUUGAAUAUUUUCCGCUAUUCAUUGGUUUAAAUGUGAUGUUGUUAUGUAUGUUUACUACUGAGUAUGGAUGGAUUGUUUUCUCGAACGCCUUGUGUAAUUGAGUGAGGUUGACUCGUGGGUGACGUCACUUAGUUAUACGGCGGUUGUACACGCGCUUGGAUUGCGGUCUGGGGCGUGACAGGGACUGUUCUGAACAGUAGCAUGUACUACUACUCAGGCUUAUUGUUAUACUUCGACUAGAUUAUAAUUUGUUGUUAUAAGGAUAUUGCAUAAAAAAG